GCACCGGCGAAUCCGCACGCGUGCGUCCCAUAGAUAAUUUUACAGAGUCGCUGGUUAACCAUACAACGUUCCGUGAGGAAACGAUCGAGCCUCACACGGUGGACGUUGUCUGUGCUUCACUAGCGAUGAGGCUCCGUGCCCGGCGUGAUGUGGGCAAAAGCUCCGACACAGUGCUGAAGGCGACUGAUCUUCGCAAAGCUUAUAAGCAGCUGGGCGUCUCUGAGAAUGCUCUGCUGGACGCUCACUUGGCAGUCGCCAACCCUGCCACCGGCAGGGCAGAAGUCUACAUGUCAAAGGCUGAACUGUCGACUACCAUUGAAGCGCUUCUUGCAACUGGUGAAUACACCGAACACGAGCUUGAGUCUUUGCGUGGACGGCUUCAUUUUGCCGAGGGGCAGGUGUUCGGGCGACAGGGUGCCAUGGCCAUGAAAAUCUUGAACCGAAAAAUCGAUGACGAUAAGCGUAGAGGUACCGUCACUGCUGAGCUUGCUGCCGCGCUCGCAGUCUUGCAGAACAGGGUCGUUAACGGCCCGCCCAGGGCUGUCAGCACACGGUUGGCAAACGAUUGGUUCGUCUUUACAGACGCUUGCUUUGAAGCAGAGCGGCCCGAGUGGACAGCGGGCAUAGGGGGCGUUCUGGUGGCUCCUGACGGCAAAAAGGUUUCGUGCUUUGGCCUUUGCUGCGAAGUGGCUGUUCUUAGCGUGCUGGGACUCUCGGACAAAGCCAGUCCCAUCUACGAGUUGGAAGCGCUUGCAGUGCUCGCAGCCUUCGACACUUGGCAUGGGGUGCUUAGAGAAGCGGGGGUGGUAUGUUUCGUCGAUAACGACGGAGUACUCGGAUCCUUCGUAGGCUGUAAAAGCUCCAGCGCCGGCUUUGCCAUUUUCCUCAAAGCAGUUACUAGGUUUGAAUCCUUUGCGGCCAUCACGCCUUGGUUCGAGCGGGUCUCGAGCAUAGCCAACGUAGCCGACGGACCUUCAAGGGGUGACUUCAGUGCAGUCAACUCAGUCAAUCGUGUCAGUGUGGAUCCCAACCGUCUUGCAAAAGCAGUGGUGCAGGGAACCCUGCCUUGCAUUCCCGACGACUUUCCGCAUACAUAA